AUGACUUCCUCCCAAGUCCAAUUCUGUACCGACGUAAAGGUUCUCGACGAGUGGGCGAAACUUACUGGCCUUUCGCUCCCGCCUUCGGGUGACGCGCUCUCGCAGUCAUAUGCACGGGCUCAUGGAUGGCUGAACCAUCUCAAGGAUCAGCUCGUCCAACGUGCACAAUGGCGCGAACAGCCAACCGGCGACGCAAGGAUGCUCUUUGCCGUCACCUGCCCACUUCGAGGUCCCUCCAACGAGACGCUGACCAUCUCUCUACCGGCUUACGCGACUUCCUUCUUCUCGCCAAACCGCACUACCUUGUUCGCCUCGUGCUUCCAGUCCGCCCUCUUUUCAAACACGCGCCAUUCGACGGCUCCGGUGGCAGACAUUCUCCAUCUCCUCCAAUGCCUCAUCCCAGGCAUGCUCACCGUCGUCAUGGUCGAAAACGUCCCUGGUCAGGGAACUUGGACCACCAGCCGAGGCCUCCCUCCCGUCGAGUGGGUCGACGCCAACCGCGACCAGCUCACUGCCGUUGUUGGCCGUGAGCAUUAUGCCCGCAUCCGUCACGCGGCUGCGACAAAGACUAUGUCGUUCAAGACGUCUUGCAAGUAG